GGACGGUGCCGGGAGUUUCUAGGGGCCCCGGGGGGCUGGGCCCUGCUGGCAGUUUCUAGGGGCCCCCGUGGGGGUGGGGGGGCGCUGGGUGUUAGAGGUGCUCUCAUUGCCGGCAUCACAGUCUCAGCCGUUGGGAGGCAUCGGGUGUCUCCCUGCCAUUACUGUCCUGGCUGGGCUGGGCGAUGAAUGGCUUCAGCACCGAGGAGGACAGCCGGGAUGGGCCCCCCGCUGCCCCCUUUUACGGCCAGAGCUGCUGCCUGAUUGAUGACGGGGACCGCUGUGUCCGCCCGGCCGGCAAUGCCUCCUUCAGCAAGAGGAUCCAGAAGAGCAUCUCCCAGAAGAAGCUCAAGCUGGACAUUGACAAAAGUGUAAGGCAUCUGUACAUUUGUGAUUUCCACAAGAAUUUCAUUCAGAGUGUGCGAAACAAAAGGAAGAGGAAAACUAGCGAUGAUGGAGGAGACUCUCCUGAGCAUGAGAUGGAUGUCCCAGAGGUUGACCUGUUCCAGCUGCAAGUGAACACGCUGCGACGGUACAAAAGACAUUACAAGUUACAGACCAGGCCUGGCCUCAAUAAGGCUCAGCUAGCAGAAACUAUUAGCCGCCACUUCAGAAAUAUCCCUGUGAACGAGAAGGAGACGCUUGCUUACUUCAUCUACAUGGUAAAGAGUAACAAGAGCAGGCUGGACCAGAAAUCAGAAAGCAGCAAGCAACUAGAAUGAAGAUGAGUUGGACUUUGGAUGAGAAUAAGCAUGAUAUUGAAGGAACAGGUGGUGUCAUGCAUUUUAAGCUUCUAAAGACUGUUAAACUAUAUUGUAAAUUUGUUUUAAAUGCAGUGUGUGAGAAUGACAUAGAAACUCUUGGUCAGGACUAUCUGAAAACAUGCAUCCAACAUGCCUAAGAAGACUUACUUCCCAGUCAAAGCCAACAUUGGAAUGAAGGAAUAAAGAUCAAAGGAAGAACUAAAGAUAUCAGUCGGACUCCGUGGCUUUGGAGUUCAUUGAUGCAGUGUGUUUAAAGUACUUCUGGAAGCCUGCUUCUGAAUGUGAUUUAGGUGACGAGUAAAAAGAAUUCAGUGGCCUCAUUCUGCGUCACCAAACCGCCAUGCAGCACACUUUGAUUCAGGACUGGAACAGCGGUGGAGUUAUAAUUCAGAAUCAAGGUGCAUGGGUCAGAAGUCUGUCUGUCUGAAGCUUGCUCACAACCUGAACACAUUCCACCUUUCUCUGAGUCAGUGCUACAAAUCCCAAACUUCUGUGAAUGAAUGCUACAAUUCGCCAAAUCCACUCAGUGAAUGCUAUUUGAUUGGUUUGAAAAUGGAUUUCUCACGUCAUAUUAUAUGGAAACCAAACCGAUAUUGCCAACCUUUUCAUCUGCUUCACCUUAUUUAAAAACUCAUUAUUUAAUUGAAUUGUUUUAAGCAUUUGAGAACAUCUGCAUUUUCUGGACUUAUGACAUUUAAGGAAAUAUGUGGCAUUUAGGCAGAUAUUGUGAAUUAAUUCACUGAUUUGAUCAUGUUGUUAAAAUGCCCCAAUUAAUUUACACAAGCCUGUUGUGUCUCUUGAAUUUUAGGCUCAGGGGGAUAGGUGAAGUAAUGGCUUAUGGCAUGAGCUUUUAUUCUGGGUCAGAUCAGGUCUGAGUCGCACAAGUGAUUUUAUUCUCAGUCUGUUCGUCAGCAGGUCCACAUCACAAAACUGGCACACAGAUUGGUCUGAUUUCCAGUCUCAGUUUCAGAUAAACCAUUCUAGGAGCAAUAGAUAUGUCACCAGUGUACUAACAGGAGUGUAUGCGAUAUCUGAACAGCAUCUGCAUCUGAACUGUUUUUGGCAUGGACAGAGUCAAAAAACACUCACCUUUCAUAAGCAUUAAAUUUACCAAUAAUGCUGAUCAUAGAAUGGCACACAGUUGUCCUUUGUGACUGCAUAUUUUCAAAGUAAAGUUAAAAUCACUCAUUUUUUGUCAUUUCAAGCCAAGAUAUUCCUUCACAGCCUAAAGAGGGUUGUGACCUGUCAUUUUCCAAUGACCUCAAAUCCAAUUCAAGGUAAUCUUUGUGAUUUAAAACACCAGUCCGCGCCCCUGCUGUUUUAACUUUUUAGUCUUUUUAUUCUGUUCUGAGAUGCCAAGACCCCACUUGAUGAGCAUAUAUGCAAACAAGCCUUAAGCAGCAAAGUGAACAGUGGAGAACUUCGGUUAGAAUUUUUCAGUUGUGGGUUUGAACAAGCAGAAAUCGGCUGUAGCUUUGAAUAGCUAAACAUGAGACACAGUUCAAUAUUGUAUGUAUUGCUUAUUUUGCAAGUCAGACAGUUCAUACAAUAACUUUGGGAAAGCUUAAGCUUUCCCAAAGUGUCCGUUAAGAUAAUUAAGGUCACCACUCUAAGCAAACUGAGUUUAUUUGCAGAGCUUUCAAGUGUUUGCUUAUGUUCCAAAUGGAUAUUCAAGAAACUUCAGCCUUUUUAAUAAGUCCAAUGUCAUGCAGAAAAUACUUCUAGUGCUAGGGAUAGUCCAUUUUAAUCUGAUGCAUCUCUGAAGGAUGUGAAUUGUUUUAAGUGUCCUCACAGACUCCAAUUCAGUAUGAAUUUGAAGAACCUUUUGCUAUUUAGAUCAGAGGAUAUGUCUACCCUUCAGUUAAAAACCCGUGGCUGGCCCAUGCCAACUGACUCACGCUGGUGGGGCUAGGGCUAGGGAGCUGUUUAAUUGCCAUAUAGCCAUUCAAGCUUGGGCUGGAGCUGGGGCCCUAGUGAGGCCUGAGCCCAAACAUGUGCAAUUAAACAGUCCCUUGGGAGUCAGCUGGCAUGGGCCAGCCACAGGUGUCUAAUUGCAAUAGAGACAUAUCCUAAGGGGCUUUGACACAAGCAGUGAAGGAGUGUAUGGAAUGGUAAGCAAAUGUCUUGCAUCAAUAUUUCUUGAGUGUUUAAGAGUCUCCAUUAUUCUGGUCCCUUCCUUAUUGGAAGGAUGAAAUAAAAACCGUGUAUCACUCAGUUGAUCUGAUUUAUAUAAUUCAGGACAGAUGCUUAGAAGGUAUGUUCUCUGACUGCAUGAUUAACUGCAGAGUUUGUAUGCAUGCAGCCGGAGGAGAGUGAUUAAGGAAAAAUCUGUCUUCAAGUUCUGAGUAGGUUAUGCCUUAUCCUGACUUCCAGACCAAAAUUGUAAAAAAUGGAAUUUAUGUGAUGGUGGGUUUGGUUGUUUUUUUGUUUUUUUUAAGAGCAAAUAAUUUGUUGCAGUGUUUUAGCUGCUCAGCAGCAAAUAGAUUCUUUACAAAGGAAAUACGGUGGCAGGUUCCAUCUGUUCAGGUGUAUUCACUGGAAUGUUUUUGUGCAGAGGUGGGAUUCAGGACAUUUUUCUGAGCUAAUCGAUUGAUAUAAAAUGUAUGAUUGUUGUUGGUUUCACUUAAGCAAUUAUACUUAAAAACAAAUCUCAUUCUAAGGAGUGGUGAUGGAAAGAUGUUUACCAGCAAUUAGCAGGAGUUUAUAAGGUGGAGAGGUUGGAGGAGGGACACCAGAGAAGCAGAGGAAUCUUUGGUUUUCAGAUCCCUUGGAUUCCAUUGCCUUAUAAACACUUGGAGAUACCUUUAGCUGAGUUGAGAACAAGAGAAUGAGUAACAAGCCUUGAUCAUGAGAGCAAGUGUCUUGGUGGAGGGACUGGUCACUCAUGUGACUCCCCAUGCUAGAAACUGACAUUACACAUCAAUUCAGCAGCAAUAUCCAUGUUCAGAGUGCCUGUGGCUCUCAGAGCGUUUAGAUUUUAAUAACCAGAAACGCAACAAUGCAAUUGUUCUGUGUAAUACCACUGUGUGUACUUGAUUAUGCUGCAUGCCAAUUAAUGAUACUUGUCCAACGUUUUUUAAAUCCUCAACAGCAAAUAUUUUUUUGAGCCUCAGAGGUGUGAAAGCUGAGGUAGCAGAAUUUUUCCUUCAGUUUAGCGGGGUUUGUUUAAGAUGCAGGAGAGCAGAAUUGCUUUGAUUGACAUGGUUCAUUCACACAAGGUGUACAUUUUUACCUUGAUACUUUUAGAACAGAGGUCGGCAACCUUUCAGAAGUGGUGUGCCAAGUCUUCAUUUAUUCACUUUGAUUUAAGAUUUUGCGUGCCAG